GUGGACAAGAUGGCCAGUCUCUACAACAUACAUGUCCGCACAGGUUGUUUCUGUAACACAGGAGCCUGCCAGAUGCAUUUGGAUAUAAGCAAUGAGGACAUCCAGAGGAACCUGCAGGCUGGCCAUGUCUGUGGAGAUGAUAUAGACCUAGUUGAUGGACGUCCUACUGGUUCUGUGAGAAUAUCCUUCGGCUACAUGUCUUCUUUUGAAGAUGCACAGACUUUUCUGAAAUUCAUCAUAGCCACCAGGCUCUCCAAGUCAGACACUGAGAUUCCCUUCCAGUCCUCUGUUACAAAGCUGAUGACAGAGUCUGUCCCAGAUGACCACCCUUCUUUUACCAAUGCAGAUAAAUUGUAUAUGAUACCACACAUCUCAGACACACAACUCAGAAAUAAUUCAUCUGUGACAAAGACAGCCGUCAACUGGCAGCCACCGGAGGCUGAGGCGGAAAGCGUAAGGGCAGCUCUUUCUGAGACUGCAGUACCAACAUGUAGAAGAGGUGGCAAGCCCAUCACUGUCACCAACAUUUACAUCUACCCAAUCAAAUCCUGCUCUGCAUUUGAGGUUACAGAAUGGCCUGUGGGAAACCAGGGUCUGCUGUAUGACCGUAACUGGAUGGUUGUAAACCGGAAUGGAGUCUGCAUGACUCAGAAGCAGGAGCCAAGGUUGUGUCUUGUAAAUCCCUCAAUUGAUCUGAAGAAAAAGGUUAUGGUCAUCCAGGCAGAAGGCAUGGACCCAAUAUCUGUGUCACUAGAAGAAAAUAUUGGAAAAGAGGCUGUGAUCUGUGAGAGUAAGGUCUGUUCACACAGGGUAAAAACAUAUGACUGUGGAGAAGGAACUGCUGGCUGGUUCUCUUUGUUUCUUGGUCAUCCAUGUCGCUUGAUAAGACAAAGCUCAGACAUGAAAAACAUGUCUCAUCAAAAAAAUACAAAAGGUCUGACAUCUGCUACAAAUAUCUCCCUCUCUCUUGUGAAUGAAGCACAAUACCUCCUGAUAAAUGUAGCAAGCAUUCUGCAGCUGAAAGAGCAUAUUUCUGCAAGAUUGGCAGAGACAUUGGAAAUAGAGGAAUUAAUCCGACGUUUCCGUGCCAACAUUGUCAUCAGUGCACCAGAGUCCUUUGAAGAAGAAGAGUGGGCUGAGAUUUCAAUAGGUGCUCUGCGAUUCCAGGUUGUGGGUCCAUGUACCCGAUGUCAAAUAAUCUGCAUUGAUCAGCAGUCUGGGGAACGAAACAAAGAAUUUCUGCAGUCUCUGUCUGCUUCCAGAGGUAGAAAGACAAACUUUGGCGUAUACCUGAUGAACCAGCCCUUGCACUCAGCCUUGCCAGAUAUUUUAUCAGUUGGGUCUCAAAUACUUCCAGUGCUGAAGGAGAAUACAGAAAUUCAGCCUCCGACAUCCAGCAAAGAAAAAUGUUCAGGAUAG